AUGCCAAGCAAAGCUCUCAACUUAGUUCGUGCUCAUUCUGCUGUCAAGUAUGUUGAAGAGAACGGUAUGGUGUAUGCAUCCGAGACCUGGGGGCUAGACCGUGUAGAUCAGAGGGAGCUGCCCCUGGAUGACUCCUAUUUGCCGACCCAGGGAGACGGCAGUGGGGUGAGCAUCUACAUCAUAGACACUGGUGUCAGGACAACCCAUGAGGAAUUUGAAGACAGGGCCAAGUUUGUCUACGAUGCCGUUGAGGGAGCUGUGGGUAAUGGCACUGACUGUCGUGGUCACGGGACUCAUUGCGCGGGAACUGCUGCUGGGCUUGUGUACGGCGUGGCCAAGAAAGCCUCCGUUUAUGGCGUGCGUGUAUUGGGAUGCCAGGGGUCCGGGUCAUGGUCGUCCGUUAUUAAUGGAAUGGAUUGGGUGGCUAAGAAUGGCGACCGGCCUGCCGUAGCAUCAAUGUCCCUAGGUGGAGGUGGCUCUCGUUCAGUGGAUGAUGGUGUGGGCGCCUUGCAUCGUGCUGGUGUGACGGUCGUUGUAGCUGCUGGCAACAAUGGAGAUGAUGCAUGUACAAAGUCACCAGCAAGAGCACCCGAGGCCAUUACCGUAGGGGCCAGUGAGAUCGAUGACUCCAGAGCUUACUUCUCAAACUACGGAGGGUGUGUCGACAUCUUUGCUCCUGGUCGCUAUAUUACCAGCGCCUGGCACGAGAGAGACGACCAGUAUAACACUAUUAGUGGCACCUCAAUGGCAACACCACACGUCGCAGGUGCGGCUGCGCUACUUCUGAGCGUUGACCCAUCUUUGACCCCAGCUGAAGUCACCCACAAACUCUUGAACAGCGCCACCAAGGAUAAGGUCACGGAUGCCCGAGAUUCGCCAAAUCUUCUCCUGUACACACCUUAGAUUCAUCAAGGUCAAACUACCAAUAUAAAUGCAAUUUUGAAUGGAUUAUAAUAAUUAA